CAGGUCUAACCAGGGAAGCAAAUUGAGUUAUUGAGAGGCCAAUCUGCAAUCUCUCUUUGGACCCAUGAAGGCUUGGUUUCUCAGGUGGCUCCAUCAUGAUGACUAUGAAUUGACAGCGACUUUAUUGAUCGCUUGCUUUUUCUAUUUGCACCAUUUGCUUCUUAACAAUUGCGGUAUACUUGACCUACCCCCUUUUCAGGCAACCGACUCUGGAAAAAUACAAUGCUCCAAAUCCUGCUGUUGUUUUUUAUUUAGUAUGGAGACAAACUACCAGGAAUCUAGUGCCUUUGUUUCCCACAAUAGUCAUGGCCUGAGAACAAGGAAAGGAAGAGAAAAGGAAAGGAUGGUGGGGAAGAGAAAGUAGUGGAAAUGGGGGAUUACUUGGGUUGGGUCACUCUUUUCACUGAAAAGCAGGGAUACUUAUGAUAGUUUUCUUAUAUUCUGUUACAGUAUAUCCUUAUUUUUUUAACCAACACACGUGUAGAAAUUACACAUGCUUUUGGCAUUAUCUGGCCAAAUUUUUUGAUGGAUGACUUCUAAAUCAUAAAUGCUGUAUAGGUUUUUCUGCAUCUGAGUGAAGUUGGUGGUCCUGGAGGUCAUCAUUGAAACACAACAUUGCUGUCUUUAAGGCUGCAAUUUCUUUCCCUUCAAAUUUGUGAGCUCUGGUUUUGAGUUGAAGAAGCUGUUGCCCCUUUGUUUCUGACCUUGUGAAGAGAAGGUAGUUCCUCAAUAAUGGAUGAAAAAGGGGUCUCUAGUUCACAUUUAAUUGUCUCAGAAGAUAAGAGUAAUAGUUUCUAUCCAAUGUAUUUUGGUGUUUCUUGUGCUUUCUUUGCUCUCAAAGUCUUAUCAGGACCACAUCAGGAAGAAGAAAAAUGGUCUGAAUUAUGUGAGAAAAUGCUUCAAGGAAGUGCCCAUCUCUUAGGAUUGCUUGUAUGGAGAAUACAGAGAGGAGGAGCAAAUAGUGAACAGAAUAAGCUUCUUCAUAAGCUUGAGGCUGCAGAGAAAGAGAUCAAAGAGCUAAAGCAAAUAAGGCAUGAAGAUGCAAAGGCGAACGAGAAAGUUGUUGGCAUAUUUGCAUCACAGGAGCAGAGAUGGUUGAUUGAGCGGAAGAAGCUCAGGCAGCAUGCUGGAGCACUUAUGGAUGAAUUGAGGGUUCUUCAGAAAAUGAAAGAAGCAGCUAUUUCUGAAAUAAAUGAUAAAUUGAAGGAGAUGGAGCUUCUGGUGCAGGAUAAGGACAAGGCCUUAGAAGAAAAGGAGCAAAAGAGGAAGGAGUUAGAGGACAAGUUGAUGAAGGCUGAAAAUGUUUCUGAAGAGUUGAGAGAAACUGCAAAGCGAGAAGCUCAAGAUUACUCUACUGAUCUUUGGAAGCAUAAAACUGCUUUUCUUGAGCUUGUGUCCAACCAUCGACAGCUUGAAGCAAAGCUGGGUAGAGCACUUAGGCAACUUGAAGCCAAAAGGAAGGAAAUUAAUUUGGCCUUGGAACGAAAAGAGGAGUCAGUCCUGUUGACCCAAAAACUUUCAACAGAAUUGGUAAAGAUGCGUAAAGAUUUGGAGCAGAAAGAUAAAAUACUGUCUGCAAUGCUCAGGAAAUCCAAAGUGGAUACAAUUGAGAGACAAAUGCUUCUAAAGGAGGCUACACUAUCAAAGGCUAAGAGGAAGCAAGCUGAAUGCGAAACAGAAAGCUGGAGAGCAGUGCCUGAGUCUAAACAUGAGAGACAUUCAUUGAGAAGUAUGUUUGCUCACCAAGCCAAUUCAAGGUCAGAUCAUCCUUCAAUUGGUAGAGGGGCCUCACAAAUUCGGAAGGGGAUAUCACAACCUGCUGAUUUUAUUCUUGAGUGCAAGAACUCUGAGUUCCAAAAGGGUGCAGAAGUUUUUACUCCAUUUUCUGAGAGCGAUUCACCAGAAAUAAAUGAUGAACUAGCAAUUACAACUGACAUCAAGCAGUUGGAAGUGUGGGUGCGCUCAGAAGCAGAAAAGUAUGCAGCCACAAUUGAGAAGAGGCAUCAUUUGGAAAUGGAUGCUUUUGCAGAACAGAUGAGACUCAAAGAUGAGAAAUUAGAAGCUUUCCAUUGGCGAAUGCUAAGCAUGAAAAUAGAAACAAAGCGACAGCAGUCUCAUGUGGAAGGACUGACCCAGGAGUUGUCACAGAUCAGGCAUGAGAAUAUGAAAUUGGAAGCAUUGUCAUUGGAAAGACAAGAAGAACUAAAAGCUUUGAAAGAGCAAUUCUUUAAAGUAAAACCUCAUAUUAGUUGCAAGACAGCCGUACAUCCAUCUGUAGCUGGUCCAACAUUAGCACAUGAUGCCUCCAAUGUUAAGAUUGUAAAGGGAGAACCUGCAGUAGGGGAGCACGAAACAAAAGCAGAUUUAAUGGAAAUGUCUAAAGAGCAAGAUGCAAAGAAAGAACGGGAAGUGACCUCCAAUAACCAGUCUGAAAAUGUUACUUUCCUGGCUCAAUCUCCUGAAAAGGAGUUUGAAGAGGAGAAUGUAUCUAAUGAGGCUUCAAUGAAGGACAAAAGUGCAAGUCCAGUGGAGGUUGAUACUGUUCAGAAGUCACCAUUGGUUAGCCAGGCAUUGGAAAACACAACAAAAUCACCAUGGAGGAUGGAUCUUCAAGCUCUUGGAGUUUCUUACAAGAUCAAGAGGCUGAAGCAGCAACUCCUGGUGCUUGAGAGACUGACAGGAAAGCUAGAAAUUGGGGAACAGACAGAAGACAAUGACAUUAUCCAGAAUGAGAUAAAGGGCUUCCAAUUACUGUUGUCUUUGCUUAAUAAACAAAUCAGCAGGUACCAAUCUCUUCAAGGCAAGACUGAUGAACUUUGCAGGAGAAUGCAUGAUAAUGAUAUAGACAAAAAUGGAGAUUCCAGUUCAUUAAGAACAAAAGGAGGAACCAACACAUUUGGGCAUUUUCUUGAAGAAACAUUUCAGCUUCAGAGAUAUAUCGUUGCAACGGGACAGAAAUUGAUGGAAGUUCAGUCCAAGAUUGCUUCUGGAACUGCAGAGGUCCCUGAAGAUUUUGACAAGUCUGUCCACUUUGACAUGCAGCGCUUUACUGCUAGCAUAAGAACUCUUUCUCAGGAAGUCCAAAGAGGUCUUGAAGUUCGAAUAGCUCGAAUAAUCGGAGAUCUUGAGGGAACACUGGCAUGUGAGGGGAUGACACGAAUGAGGAGUUAGAAACACAGGAAGAACAACUCGAAGACUAAUAAACAAUGGUGUCAUUGUGUGAUUUAUAGGUGUUUAUUCUGAUAUAUGUAGAAAAAUUUGUGUAGGAAAGACACCCCUUUUUUAGCAAGAGCUCAUUGCCUGCAAAUCUUCUCUUGUUGCAAGUUGCAGGAAAUUGAUACA